CAGACUCGAAACUUAAUACAUGUACAUCUCGGUAGCUAACUGAAUAGAUAUUAGUGCCUCAACAAUCGAUACAAUCUGUGUCUGACGUGUUAGCUGGGUAUUAACGAUGUCUACGGCCCAUAGAAAGAGAAAGGAGGGACAUAUGCCUCUUUCUCAAUAAUUUUGUCAGCAUGUAUACUUUUCAAUUCAAACCAAAAAUAACUUACAGCUGCUACCCCUCAUAAUGGAACAAUUUUGCCAGUACAUACUAUACAACAGAAAACAACACACAAUGAAGAAAGCUGACGGUUGUAAUCACUCAAAUAAUGGUUAUGGGGAGUGUUAUUUAUUUGAUCCACAAAUCCUACAUGAUCUGGAAUCUGAGGAUCAGAAAAGUGCCAGCUACAAUCCAAACAUCAAUCUGACAGACCUUGGGGAGGGGUUUAGAAUAAGGCCCCUGUGUAUCUCAGACUAUGAUAAAGGUUACCUUUCACUCCUCAAGCAACUUACAGAAGUUGGUGACAUUUCCAAGGAACAGUUUGAAGAGCGAUUCAAUUUAAUGAAGUCCCAGUCAAACCUGUACUACACUGUAGUGAUAGAGGACACAGUCACCCACCAAGUCGUUGGAUCCGCCACUCUAAUAAAACAAUUGAAGUUUGUUCUACAGUGUGGUAUUAAAAGCAGAAUAGAAGAUGUGGUUGUGCAUAGUUCAUACCAAGGAAAACAGUUGGACAAGCUAUUGUUUGAUGUUUUAACGUUACUUAGCAAGAAGCUUGGCUGCUACAAGGUUUCGGUUGAAUGUCACGAAAGAAUGGUCCCAUUUUAUUCCAAAUUGGGAUUCAUUAAAGAAAAAGGACGUAAUUUAAUUUUACGGCGACACGUACCCUAAUAGGUCAAUCGUCAAAGUGAAGAGGAAGUGACACAGAAUUCUUUCCCCAGAAUCUCUUUAUUGUAUUCUCUAGCAGAACUGAUUUAUUUUGGUUAUCUGAGUUGUUGUAUAAUAAAAAGAAAUAAAAAAAAAACAC